GCUGUGAUAUAGGGCUUUAAGUAUACUGCCGAGAGACAAGUCGUAUCGGUACCUGCAAUGGCAGUCAUUCUUUACAGUAUUCUGGUCAGUAAUUGCUGUAUUUGAACAACAUAAAGAAGACCCUGUUUCGUGCACCGCUAGGUACGUCAAUUCUGCUGUAGUAAUUAAGUCGGGGAUUUGAUUAAUGAACAGUAAUGUUCAGUUGGAUCCUCUGACAGAGCCCAGCGGGUUAAGAGGGCAGUGUCAGGUGUCGGUCGUACCGUAGGAUCUCCACUCUGCAACACUGGGUGCGAACAAUAACAGCAAUUCGACUCUCAGUGUAACCACGGGAUGAUUAUUGUGACUAUCCCAGACAAGCAGCGGUUCUUGUAGGAGUCUUAAACGCCAACGUUUCUAACGGCAUCGUUGUUUUAAGGUGUGGAAACGUGAUGGCUUUACGUUUUGCAGUGAGAGACGUCCGUUCUGUCAGUGACUUGUUCUAGCCUUCCUUCUCGGCACUUCUCUAUACAAGUUAUACUUAUUUACAAGAUAAAAGGAGCCACUCUAGUUUCAAGGUGGUGCGUGUCUAGCUCUGAUUUCGUUCCGCGAGUCCUGGUCGGGCAGGGCGUGUUGGAGUACAGAACGUGCUGUACACCCAAGUCUUUGAUACACAUGUGUAUGGGUGUCUGUAGACGACCUGUGUGUAGCGAAUGAUACGGUUACAUCGAACCCGCUGAGAUAGUCGCAUGUCAAAUUGGACAAUCCCUGCGGUACGCAUCUCAAUACUAUCGGAUUUCCCUGUUUGUUGUUACAGGGAUAUUAAGCCUGUGUCCUUAUCACAUCGUGUUUUCAGUGUAUCAAUUUGAUGAGCCGAUGACAGGGAGACGAUGUGUAUUGCACUACGCUACACCGUUGACGAAAUAUGACAUCCAGGUAGACCUUUAUCGGACACCUCGAGAUAAUGAGUUAUAAACACAGGUAACUGUAACAGGUAGGCAGGUAAUCUGUGUCUGAGACCUGGACCGGCGAGACGAGGAUACCACCUGUCGACCGUGCGUCUGAUAAAUUGACUGGAUAGACUCGUGGACUGACGGAAGCUUGGGAGAACGGUCAAGCCACGUCGACCCUCCAGGAACCAAUAGGGAAGUCUAUCCCCCAUAUUCUAGAUGUGUACGACCGGUGAGUUAUUCCACGAGGAACCAGGUUUAACGUCAAGCUUCAGGAUUUAGGUAGGAUCAUUUUGGUCCACGGAGAGAGAAGCACCACAGCGAAUAGGUUCCCCCUCACCAUGGAGAUGUAAAUAGUGACAAAAUUUCCGGGAUUAUAUUACCACAGACGGGACAGAAAUUGUCAAAACUUACACGAUAAGCGCUCGUGAGUGAUCGGAGUGUAUAGCCUUCAGGGGCUGAAAUAGACUUAUAUACCCUUUGUGUGGAGUAUUCUCAGGUCAAAUGUUGAUCAUUUUUCAGGACGUAUGUAUGUUGAUUGGAGGAGGGUAGACUGAGUUGUGUUAGUGAGCUGCGGGUUUUACCCGAGAUGGAUUAGAGAAGAGCUGUUAAGUCCACAGUAAGCGGGUAGCGGUAUGGAGCCCGGGAAGACCAAAAGACCAGAGCCGGCUCGUGAUAAGGUGGGAGCCGGGAAAGAGGGAGUAGCUCAGGACAGGAACGCUGGGGACAUCAACCUCGUGUCCCCGACUAAAUCAGGGACGGACCAAGCGCCACGGAUGACAGAAAGUCGCCCGAAGACGGAGGAUGGUUCGGUGGUACCGAGUGAGCCAGACACCCCGCCCCUCAGCGAGCAUGUGAAGGGAAGAUAUUCACACCGUCCCGCAAAGAAUGCUUUUGGGAGCUCGACUACCCUCUCCUCCACGACUGAAACAUCUGAUGACUCCGAUGUCCAGUUCAACGUUGUUCUCAGAGUUCGACCCCUCAACCCCCAGGAAGUGUCCAGGCAUGAUGAGUUUGUUGCCAAUUUUCCAGGAGAGGGGCGUGUUGCGAUUGACAAUUCAGGGACUGUGCGCAGCUUCUACUUCAAUGCUGUGUUUGAGCCAGAUGCGUCCCAGGAGGAUUUGUUUGAACACUCUGGUAUUACCCGACUUGUGGACAUGGCUCUCAAUGGGUAUGCAUGUACAGCCCUGGCGUUUGGUCAGACGGGGUCAGGCAAGACCCACACCAUGACCGGCCCCCCACAACAGAGAACUGAGAAAAAUGGGUUCCUGGAUGGACUCAAACCUGACCCUAAGAUGUUCGGACUGAUCCAGAGGUCGUUCCGAUACAUGUUCCGGCAGCUGAAACAGUUGGGUGCUAACAAGAUCAUCCGGGCCUCUUACCUGGAGAUUUACAAUGAACAGGUGAUAGAUCUCCUGAACCCCUCACAUCGCCGCUACCUGUCUGUACGUUGGUCCAAGAACAAGGGCUUUUAUGUGGAGAAUCUCUUCAGUAUGGAGUGUGAAACGCUCGAUGACCUCAUGGCUGUCCUUGAAGAAGGUUUGCGGAAUCGCCAGACAGGGUCCCAUGGUCUGAAUGAGUUCUCUAGUCGUAGCCACAGCAUGUUGACCGUGACAAUCGACUCGAGACAGGCAGAUCAGGAAGAUGACAACCUGUAUGUCACCAAACGGGGAAAGCUAUCCUUCGUUGACCUUGCUGGGAGUGAAAAGGUCAAGGACAACACGACAGGAUCUGGGGCAGGGGUCAUGUAUGAAUCCAACAGCAUCAACAAAAGUCUAUUAGUUCUAGGUAACUGCAUCUCCCAUCUGGGGGACUCCAAACGGAGACACGGACACAUCCCGUACCGAGACAGCAAGCUCACUAAACUCCUGGCGGACAGUCUAGGUGGCAAUGGUGUCACCCUGAUGAUCACAUGCAUCACCCCUUCCUCCUGCAAUGUCGCAGAAACUAUGAAUACUCUCCGAUACGCCAGUCGGGCCAAGAAGAUCAAAACAAAACCUACUGUGAAGAUGGAUCCCAGAGAGAAGCUGAUACUUAGUUUGAAGAGAGAAAUAAAAAUAUUGAGGAAUGAAAACCACUAUUUGAGACAACAGCUGGAGUUCCCAGCCAAGCCAAAGGGGCAGCUGCAGAAGGAGAAUGAUGAGAAGUUCAUGAAGUUUAUGAAGGAGCAGCAACAGAAAGAAAGUGGUCUGUAUGAGAUGCUCCAGGAGUACAUGGUGGAAAACGAGAAUCUCAGGGGAGAGAAUUCUGACCUUCAUGCUGGUAGGGAUAAGGUCCGACGAGAACAACAGACUCUGUACAGAGAGAAUGAGAAGCUGAUGAAGAGAGUGGAGGAUCUAGAAAGAAUUGUCUCAACAAGUCCGGCAGCGUGGCAGCAGGCACAGCGCCCCCUGCAGCGUUAUGAUGGCUUCAACCAGUAUGACAUGGGGUCACCUCGACAGUCCCCAGGGCAGAACGGUCAUCGUAUGCCACAAAGGCUUCCACAUCAAGACCUGCCCCACCCUGACCCUGCCAGUCGUGUGGUGAUGUCGCCACCUACUGGACACCCUAUGAGACCGCCCCACCGUCUGCCCGACCCAGUUGUAAGGGGUCAGAAAGGAAUGCCGGAAUCCAUGCAGAAUGGAGGGCACAUGAUGCAUCCUCAUGGCCGCAUGAAUGGACCAGUACGGCAAGCUUCACCACCCAGAGCUAUCGAGAGGAAGUCUUCUCAGGCGUCACAGUCAGACGCCAUCCGCGACAUGAAUGAGAAGUUGCUUCUGGAGGUGCGGGAACUGGAGGGAGAGAUUGAACAGCAACAUCGACUAACCAGGUCACAUGACUUCUCACAGCGACCUCGGUCAGACGUCUCACACAAACAGUACCCAGCGUCAUCCAUUAUUAGGUGACCACAAUGUUUCCAAAGCAACGCUCAAACAGAUCUGUGAUAGUAGCAUUAGGUGAAAGGUUCCUUUGACCAUUAUGAAAAGUGCUGGCUGCCAUUACGGAGUCUCUCAUCUUGAGGAUGGCUGCUCUGGUUGUACCUCCAUUGUGUCAAGCUUCUUGUCAGAGUUCAUUUCCAAAUAUACGGUAUGAGAAAUGGAUUGAAAGAGAAAUAAGCCAAAUAUGAAAAAUAAUAUGGAUCCUCCUUUGUUUAACAAGUGUGUCUAUCAGCUAUUUAUUACCUCCCUUUGUACAGUCCUAUGGGAGUUAUCCUUCUUAAUGGCCCUGAUCUGUGACCUUGGUGUAUUUUCCCAGGAAAUGUCACACAAGAUCUCAACAGUCUGCAUUUAAUGUUUGUGUUUAAUGUUGGACAGACAUUAUUUCUCAUCUAUGCAGCCAAAUUCACCAAAUCUCUUCCAAUUUCAAGAUGGUGGUCGCCAUUAUGAUAAUACACAUGCAGUGUUUGCUCAACUGGUCAAAGAGUGACUUGUCCUCUCCAAGGAAACUUGAAUACAGAUAAAGUUACUGUGCAGAAUGUAUUCCAGUGAUUGCAAUUGAUAAACCUUGUUCUGAUUCCGGAGGGUUAUGGAGGAGACUGGAAGAAUCAACUCCAAGACAUGUAGUGUGUGUAUAUCCGUGUUGUGACAACUGCACGUCUGUGAUGAUGUCCAGAUUUCGACUCAGCACACAGGUACCAAUCAGAGUGCUUUCAAGACAAAGUUCCUGAUAAUUCCAACUGAACGGAUGGGCAAAAUGAAGGAUUUGAUAGUUUGAUAGUGGCUGAGAAUGAAACAAACUAGGAAAGGUCAUUUGGUGAUGUAUUUAAUAUAAGUGUCGUAAUUGUGUUUUGGACCUAAGCUUGCAGUGUUUUGGCAACUGUUUUCAGCAUCACGAUGCAUAAGGUGUCAAAUUUUGGGGUUGAAUCCUAUUUUCAAACGGUACUUUAUUUUGCCCAGUUGUUCUGGAGAACUUGUGGUGGUGAGGUCACCUGUUCUGUCAUCAGUGCUCUGGGUGAGUAGACCUGUUUCUGCAGUCCCAGAGAGACCCUGCAGUCAGGAGAGCAGGGUUAUGCCAAAA